AUGGCAUUCCUUUGGCUCCUGUCCUGCUUCGCCCUUGUGGGUGCCACUUUUGGCUGUGGAGUCCCCACCAUUGAACCAGUGCUGGCUGGCCUGUCCAGGAUUGUUAAUGGGGAGGAUGCUGUCCCUGGUUCCUGGCCCUGGCAGGUGUCCCUGCAGGACAAAACUGGCUUCCACUUCUGCGGGGGCUCCCUCAUCAGUGAGGACUGGGUGGUCACUGCUGCCCACUGCGGAGUCAAGACAUCUGAUGUGGUGGUGGCCGGGGAGUUUGACCAGGGCUCCGACGAGGAAAACAUUCAGGUCCUGAAGAUCGCUAAGGUUUUUAAGAACCCCAAGUUCAACAUGUUCACUGUGCGCAACGACAUCACCCUGCUGAAGCUGGCCACGCCCGCCCAGUUCUCCGACACCGUGUCGGCCGUGUGCCUGCCCAGCCCCGACGACGACUUCCCUGCUGGCACCCUGUGCGCCACCACCGGCUGGGGCAAGACCAAGCACAAUGCCCUCAAGACCCCCGACAAGCUGCAGCAGGCAGCCCUGCCCCUCGUGUCCAACGCUGAGUGCAAGAAAUUCUGGGGCAGCAAGAUCACCGACGUGAUGAUCUGCGCAGGCGCCAGUGGAGUCUCCUCCUGCAUGGGCGACUCUGGCGGCCCCCUGGUCUGCCAGAAGAAUGGAGCCUGGACCCUGGUGGGCAUCGUGUCCUGGGGAAGCGGCGUUUGUUCCACCUCCACUCCUGCCGUGUAUGCCCGUGUGACUGCCCUCAUGCCCUGGGUUCAGCAGAUCCUGGAGCAGAACUGAGGGCAUGCUCCCGCCCCCUCCCUCCCACUGUCCUCAAUAAAUUAAUAUCUGUUCAGAAA